AUGAACCGCUUCAACCUCGACGAAAGGGACUUGCUUGAUGGCACGCAGCGCCUGCGACAGGCCCAGAUCCCGCAAAUCAGCACCACAACAACCACCACCGCCAAUCUUGACCCUAGCCUACGCGCCCAUGUCGACGCCCAGUACUUUGGCACACGCACGCUUUCAACAUCACCACCUGCUCUCGCACUACAGCCUGCCCCCAACAUCACGACUGUCAAUACCAGUAUUAGUUUCUACCCGAACAUACAGAGUAGACCUCCGGUUCAUGGCCACCAAUACAGCCCCGAGGGAUUAAGCUUGGACAUCUUCCCGACGAGCCCGUACGAGGCCGCCGAAGUGGCCGCCAAGGAGGAGCGACGGCGACGGAACACGGCUGCGAGUGCGCGCUUUCGGCAGAAGAAAAAGCAAAAGGAAGAGGCCAUGGAGAGCAGGAUGGCGAAUGUGCAGGGACGGAACGCCGAGCUCGAGGAACGGGUCCACCAGUUGGAGAUGGAGAACAGGUGGCUCAAGGAAUUGAUCACGGAAAAGAACAAAAAGCCCGCAAGCAACUACGAGGGCGAUCCGCACGACGAACAUGAAGACGACCAGGAAGACGGCCCUCGGCGAUUGCGCACUGGACGUGCUACUAAUGGGAGGAGCGUGAGGAGCACGACAAGCCUGACGAGCGCGACAGAUGACGGUGAAUCGAGCCAGUGA